AUGUACGGACAUUCUGCGAUGUGUGAUUGCAAUUACCUCUUCAAAUCACUGCCAGGGGGAGGCAGUGUUGUGGCACAGUGGAGUGGUUUAAAGGGGAUCCCAGUGGAAUUUGGGGUGUCAAAUACUUGCUACCGCUUCGAGGAGGCGGGGGUGCUGCUGCUGCGGCCCAGGGGCCCCCGGCCGGCCGGCGCCCGCGGCGGGGCGGCUCCGGAGCAGCCGGGCCGCGCCCUCGAGCCGCCGCCGGGCCUGGCCGACUGGCGCGCCAGCGUCCGCCGCGACGCGCGCGACUUCCUGCGGCUGUGCGCGCACCUGGACUGCACGCCCGACAUCUGGGCGCUGUACGACUGGAGCGUGUGGCUCACGCCGUUCUUCAGCCAGGGCCACGGCCACAACCGCAGCCGCCGUUUUGACACGGCCUUCUACCUGUGCUGCCUGCGCGAGCCGCCGCUCGUCUGCCCCGACUCGGCGGAGGUGGUGGGAUCCCAGUGGUCCUCGCCUUCAGAGGCAACCAGAAGUUUAAUCUCAAAGGAGAUUUGGCUGCCUCCACCACAGUUCUACGAAAUCAGAAGACUUGAGAACUUUGCCUCCCUGUCUGACUUGCACAUCUUUUGUUUGGACCGGGCAUUGGAAGGAGUGGAAAGAUGGCUGCCCAUCAGCUUGUUAACUGCUGAUGGGGUGGUCCAGCUUUUACCUGGGGAUGAGCUAUACUUGAAAGAUUCAGACUUUUUAGAAAAAGUUUUGUCUACUGAAAAAAGUAUAGAAGAAGUCAUGAGGGAAGGCAAGAAAUUUCACCGAAUAGUGAUCCACAGCCGCCAUCAGUAUAGCCUUCACGUGACCAUUCAGCCGCACUACAAGCACAUCUAUCCCAAGAACUACGUGGCGAGUAAGAGCCACUUGUAGGGCGCCGCUCGUUGGCACGCUGGCCUGCUCGAGGUGGUGCUAAUAACAAUGAGAGUUGAAUAAACUUACUUGAAAUGUAAGAAACCUGUAAAAGUUCUGAUGCAGUGAUUCUUAGCUCUCUUGCUUAUUUUUUUUUCUGUAAACCUUACAAUAUGGCACAAGUAUAAAGUUUAUAAAGUAUUAAUGAUCUUGCUACCAAGAAUUCCAUGGGCGAUUUCUCAUCUCAGAAGUUUAAAUAAGAUGUUCGACUGCUGUUGUUCUGCUGGGCCACUGUAUUUGCACUUUCUUUCCCAAGGUGCUUUACAGAGUAACCCACGAGUUCCUCACACUUGCUGCUGGGAAUUAACUAAAAGGAUGUGUGAUUGGACGGUGAGCAGUUGACUGCGACAGCCUCCAAAUGACGAUGUCACUGUUUUCUUUCGCAUUUUAUCUUGUCGAUUAACAUGCAAUAAUACAGUUGUACAAGGAAAUCUAUUUUAGUUAGUAUUUUAAAAAAAUAUGAAGCCAUAACAAAAGCCAUCACUGUUUUUACUCCAGAGUGGUAGUUAAUGAAUGCAGAGAAGUUAGAGAGAUGUGGUAUUUAAUUAAUGAGUUUUAUUUUUGGUACAUUUGAUAUAAGUAUUUUUCACCUCCUUUUGGAGAGGAAUGUUUACUGAUUAAAGGUGAGAAAUGAUCAUUCUUUUUCAAGAUCUUGACUGUAUCAUACAAUUGAUUUCAUUUUUCAUGAAAUGUCUCCAUUCCCUACCAAUAAAAGAAAGA